CGGCUCCGGGACGGGGCGUGGGCGGAGGGGUGCCCGGGGCUCCUCUCGGCAGAGGCCUCUCCGGACCCCCGGCGCUGCCCGCCCAGCCCUCGCACCGGCACCCUCCCGUCCACCCUCGGCCAUCCCUGGGCACGCGGCUCCCCCAGCCUCCCGGCCCCGUGCUCAGAAGCCCCAGAGCCUCCAGCUGCCACCCGAGUCCCCUUGGCGGACCCAGGAGCCACCGCGUGUUCACACCCACCCACCCUGCGGGGGGGAGUCGUGGUUCUUUGUUGAAGGGCCGCUCAGCCCCGAUCCCGACCUGUAAUCAGAGGCCGUUUUGCAAACAAGCAACUACCGAGUACAGCUGGGGACAGGAGGCAGAAAUGGAGGCGCGGGACGUCUUCAGGCCCCCAGCGCUCGGAAGGGGGGGCUCCCAGCCCCCCGGGGUGAGGCUGCUAGGGGCAGGGUACGGGCAUGGCCAGGGCACCUUACACCGUCAAAAAUCCCACGGGGCUCUGAGGCUGCGGAAUUGCUCCAGGGCUGGGUCCAGGGCCCCGGCAGGACGGAGUGGCUGGGAAGGGAAGUGUGGGCGCAAAGAAGGCGCCCAACGGCAGCGAGUGACGAUGAGGCGGCAGGAGCCGCCGGGCCUUCAAACCACCCGAGUGGCCCAGCUCGGGGCCCCAGAGCCCUGUGUCUGCCGUGUCGGGAGAGGCCCAGGAGAGGGGCAGGCCUGCUGGGCAGAGGGGGCCUGCAGGAGGGGGGGGCAGAGCCGGCCCCUCACAGGCCCCGCGCCCUGCGGCCCGCCGGCCGGGGAGGCCUCACGCUCCUCUUGGGUCUCUCCUCUGACGCCACGCCUCCCCCUGAGCUCCCGGCGGCGGGCUGCACCUGGGCAGCUGGGCAGAGCGGCACCCCCGGAGGGCGGGGGUGGUGGGCUGCAUCCCCGUCGGGUGACUGUCUCCUGGCAGCCCCACCCGCCCCCUGUGAUCUUGGUGCCCGCGGUCCACCGGGGCGGCUGCUCCAGGCAAGCCCUGUCGGGACCUGCUGCUGCGGGGGAGGAAUGCCAGGCGGUCACGUCCCUCAGGUACAGAUGGGGGAUGCCCACCCGCAGGACGUGGAUACACAGGGCGGGGGCAGAUGGGGUGUACCUGGAGAGCACCGGGCACAGGACAGACGCUCCAUCCAGGUCGGCCCUGGACUCAGCCACGCGGGACUUGGACCCGCCGGGCUCUCGGGAGGGGCAGUGAGGCCGGGGAUCCUCGGUCACCCUCAGCAGACAGACCCACUCGCAGGGGCCCCCGCAGGGGUGGGCGUCUCGGGGGGGUGCCUGGAGGAGCCGGUGUCGUGGGCAGUGGGAUCCUCGGACAGGAUGGAAAAUGCCUUACGCGCACGUGACUCGGCGACACGGUGAUACACUCUCCUUCCCCAAGCUCCCUCCUCAGCACUGCCACGUCCCAGGAGCACACAGGUGACAGGUGACGUCCAGGGACAACCUCCUGCACCUGCCGUCGACCUCCGACCCUGUCACUGCUGAGUGGGUCUGAGCGCUUGUCUCUGGUCCCAGUGUGAGCUGUGGCCUUGCGUAUGCGUGUGUGCAUGUGUCUGUGUGUACGCGUGUUUGUGUGUGCAGGUAUGCCUGUUCACGCACGUGCACCUGCACCCCCCAGCAGGCCUCCUCCCUCAGACGCUGGCACGCUCGCCCUCGGCCCCGCCUGCUGUGCCCUCGCCUGGCGUCCUGGGGGCACCUCCAGGUGUGAGGAGAGGCAUCCCCUCCCGCCUUUCUCUGUGUCCCCCCAGGAGAGGGUGAGGGCGAGGGGGCUGGGGCUCAGCCUCCGCCCUCAAGGCCAUCCCGCGGAAGCGGCUCUACCCCCGGGUGGAGGUCCCGCCCCGUGAGGACCCAGGGCUGCCGAUCUCAGAGAGGACGGACAAGGCAACCCCGUGCAGUGAGGCUCACAAGCAGGGUCGUCCUGAGCUGGUCCCUUGAAUUCCUCUGCUUGGAAGAAUCCUCAGCCCUGAAAAGUGUGAACAGGUGGGGGGGGGGGGGCACAGCCAUCCCCCAGA